GGAGAAUGAAUGUGCAGUCAGAUCGCCAUGUUGAACGGUGUGGGUGUCACACACAAGCCCAGCGCACUAACACUAACGCACACACCAACAUAUCACCGAUCUCGGUUGUUUCUUACAAAAUAAACUUUGUAGUUCUCUUAAACGUUAAGUUUGUACUUAUGCCGGUUAUCAUCACCACGGGAGGUUUGGUAAUGGAGGAAUUCAUCGAGCUGUCUCUCUUCACUAUGUGGAAAUGGUUUUAGCAGGCACGGAAUAACACAGAGAAACUGUUCAAACGGAGAACACGCAUUCAAACCAUUGCACAACAGAAGUUUUUUAAGGAAAAACAGAACUGAGUUUUUAAUUUCAGCUUAAGGAUUUUAACACUACACACCAACAUGCCAAGCUCUACCAUUCGGAGACAAAUGAAAAAUGUGGUAAAUAACUAUUCUGAGCCAGAGAAGAAGGUCAGAGAAGCGACUUCCAAUGACCCAUGGGGUCCAUCCAGUUCUCUGAUGUCAGAGAUUGCAGACCUCACUUACAAUGUGGUGGCCUUUUCGGAGAUAAUGAGCAUGAUUUGGAAGAGGCUCAAUGACCACGGCAAGAACUGGCGACAUGUAUACAAAGCCCUGACGCUGCUGGACUACCUGAUCAAAACGGGCUCCGAACGAGUGGCCCUGCAGUGUAAAGAGAACAUCUUUGCUAUUCAGACACUCAAAGACUUCCAGUAUAUUGAUCGGGAUGGCAAAGACCAGGGCAUCAACGUCAGAGAGAAGUCUAAGCAGCUGGUGGUGCUGCUCAAGGAUGAUGACCGCCUGAAGGGUGAACGUUCUCAGGCCCUUAAGACUAAAGAGCGCAUGGCACAGGUCGCCACCAGCGUGGGUAGCAGCACUCAGAUUAGCUUUGGCCGUGGCUCCAGCCAGCCAAACCUUUCCACUAGCUACUCGGAGGAGUACGGCAAGUCGGAGGGAUCACCGGCGUCAUAUCAUGGAUCCACGUCCCCCAACGCAAAUUCAGAGUUGGAGCAAGCCAGGCCUCAGACCAGCGGUGAGGAGGAGCUACAGUUGCAGCUGGCUCUUGCUAUGAGUCGAGAAGCUGCUGAGCAGGAGGAAAGGAUGCGUCGUGGGGAUGACCUACGGCUACAAAUGGCUCUGGAAGAAAGCCGCAAGGACAACAGUGGAACUAAAGGGUCCAAGAAGAAGAAAGAUCCUCCACAGUCUUCUCUGAUGGAUCUGAUGGACACGGUUCUGGAAGGCCCUGCCGAUCAAGCGGCAGACCCAUGGGGAGCAGGAGCUGCCGCAGCAGCAGCAGGCCCUGCCUCUGACCCCUGGCAGCCCUAUGGUGCUGGCCCAAAGCCAACUGCCCCUGUGGAUCCUUGGGGUCUUCCCAGUGCCUCUUCCUCACUUCCACCUAUGAAGAGCAGUGACCCCUGGGGGUCGACCCCGGCUCCUGCCGCUGCUGAUCCCUGGGGCGCAAUGCCUGCCACCCGCCCCAAAGUUCCCGUCUCAGGCAGUUUUGAUCUUUUCUCCACACCAAAUGGUACUUCCAAGGAGGACCUCUCUGAUUUUGAUAGUCUUCGCUCCUCAGCAAUGACGGGAGAAUUCAGAGGGAGCACUUCCCUGCCAUCACAGAGCAGCUUCUCUGUGGGUUCAGACCUGUUCGAUGUACCCAGCGGGCCAACCAGAAAAACUCCCGAGUCCUUCCUCGGUCCCAACGCAGCCCUCGUUAACCUGGAUUCUCUGGUCAGCAAACCUCUACAGCCAGCUCCCAUCAUCAACCCCUUCCUCGUAGCAGGAGCAGCCCCUGUAACUGCGGCCGCAGCUCAGGUCAACCCCUUCCAGGUGAACCAGCCGCAGCCACCCACCCUCAACCAGAUGAGAGUCAGCCCCAUGAUGGGCAUUAGCGGUCAGAGCUUCAUAAGCAACGAUCCCCUGCCACUGUCGUCUCUGGCUCCAGCUGGCCCUGUCCCAGUGGUACCCGUGGGUGGGAUGGCUCCUCUUGCGCCUAUGGGCCCAAUGAUGCCAGGCAUGGGUAUUCCCAUGACCAUGCCCCAGACGCUCAUGAGUGGAGGGCUGCAGCCCACAGGCACAGCGACGCAAGACGGUGGCGCAACCAACCCAUUCUUAAUUUGAGGAACAAUAUAGGCUGCCUGCCUCCCACACAAAUCCUUUUCUCACCCCUGUUCCUAUGGUAUAGACAACGUAGUCUAAUGUCUUUCCCAGACCGGUGUGCUAUUUUGAGACUUUUUGGAGUAGCAGUGACGUUUACAGUUUAUACAUCGGCAGGCGAUUCCCUUUCCUGUCUCAGAUAGGUACCAUACAGUGAUUUGGUAUGCUUUUCUAAAUUUUCUUCUUAUCGUAAGUGAUACGGUGUACAGGUAAGAUUUCCUGCCGAAGACGACCUCACGUUCAAAGGGGUUCUGAUCGUUUUUAACUCGCUUGCGUUUCUUAUCGAAAGCUUGAAAGUAGGAGUACCGCUGUCUUAAUUUUUUUCUAAUUUCUAGCAGUUUAUUAAUAGAUCCAGCUAACCCUUUUAAUCAGCACAGCCUGUAUGUUCUACGCAGUGCAUAUACACUAUGUGUAUUUACAGUACGCUUAAGUAGACACAGUUUGGAGACUCUCUAUCCGUUUACAUUGAAAUGAUUUUGAUGUUCUAAGCAGGGAUUUUGCACAUGCUCUGAUUAACCUUGUUUUGACUGUUGGCCCACCGUUAGUCCUUAGCAUGAGACACGUUGGGAAGACCGAUGUAAGACGCAACAUUUCUGUGCAAGCAACCUAUGGCACAAACAAUGCUAAGGACUAAGGGAGGGAUAUAUCCGAACUGCAUGUGUGAAAGGUUUCGGACCUAAUGCGUUGAAAGAUGAACUUCAUAAUGAAGUGGAGAGUUGAUCUUUUUUCUUUUUGUUUUUUAAGCACGGUGGGAAGUUGGUUUGCAUAUCAUAAUAUGGCUCUACUUUUAUACCGAAGCCUGUUUUUUACUGCUUUACAAUCCCAAGAAGUUGUUGAUGGGGUGAAUGGGUUAUUUCGAUUCAGUACGACUCACUGUUGUUUGCACAUGACCUUCAAUAUCUGACGGCUAAUCCAUACUAAUGAUUAAAAUUCAUCCGCUUGCCUUUUUUUCAGAAUCACAGUGAGUAUCAAACAAUCUGAAAUGUGAUUAUUUCACUAACUUUUAAUUUAUGUGUGUGGAAAAUAGGAACGGCAAAGGGAAACGGGAGGAUUACAUUUAUGUUAUAUACAUACAUAUAUAUAUUAUAUCUUCAGGUCCUAACGCAUCUUACUGUUAUAAUCGACAAAUGUAUCACUAAUCGCUGCUUCCAAUGUCAUGUUAAUGUAUCUGGGGAAAAACCCAAGCAUAUAUGAGAGCUCACCGUCGUUGUAUGACAAAGCCAACUUGCUUAUAGUGUUAAAGUAAAUGCUGAGAGAGGUUGCGAUUAAAAAAUGAUGGGGUGUGAAUGGUUGCAUAAACGUUGAGUGAUUGGUUAACUAGGUAUUUAAAAUGAUUUGAGGAUGUGUAGGGGGGUCAGGUUUCAUAAAUGUUGCAGCUGGAAACCUGUCAAUGAAAUUUCAUAGUCCUUUAUUCAAUGACUAUUUUAUCUUUUUUUUUUUAAGGCAUACUCCAUGAAUGCCUUUGUUUCGGUUAAUGGCUUGAUCUCAUUCAUCUAUGAAUUGUCACGUUUGGCAAUCGAUAUAAAGAGAGAACGUUUAUGCUUUGGUGUGUCGUGCGUCUGCAUUCGAUUUUAGUUCGGCCAGUCAAGCACAAGAUGUCAACAUCUCACCAAUAGUAGCUUACCAAAGUGACAAUGGCUGCUGUUAACUGCAGAGCUGUGGUUGUUUUUCAAUUCUUGACUACACCUUUAUCCUUCAUUCGUUACCCAAGUAUUUUAACUAUCCCUGGUGUUUUUUUAAUCAAACCAGAUUACUGUUCGAGUACUCUUUAACUCUUCAUGUGAGCUAGUGACCUCUGCUGGAAAUAUUGUGGUUGUGCUGCAUAUGUGCAGCAUUGUAGCAGACCGAGCCUGGGUGUGAUGAUGGUCAAUAUCCUGCAGGCAUACUCUCAGGCAUUUUGAGAGAGCUUUAAGAUGUGUGUAAUGCGCUUUCGGUGGAUGUGACGGUUUAAGCGGGCAACAAUCCUGCAAUAUAAGACUCUCUGCUAGUGAACAUCACUGUACACAAUUAUGCAUACAAUAUCUAGCUCAUUUCGUCUCGACUGUCUCGUUUCGCUGUUACCGUUUUAAAUGCGUCACGCGGUCUUCUGUUACCAUGUACUCAUUAUGCAUUUAUCGUGGAGGACUAACUAUGUGAACAUGCAUAACACAUUUUAUUUUUCAUGUUAUUGUGUCUGUGUAUUACUGAACUGUCUCAUAUUACUGGGAGCAGGCUGCUUUUUAUGGAUACGUGCUCAACUUGUUGGCAUUAUAACUGUAUAGUAUAAUUUAUCAUCUGUUCUAUUGUAACAUAUUGCUCUGUACCUUAUUUCUGUGUAAUGGUUUUGUAGGAAAGUCACAUUGAAGAGUGUGAUGUUUAUUGCCAUCUGAAUCGCAGCGAGUGAUAAAGGACGUGUAGCUGCAAUGGUAAAAUAAAUUGUAUGAAUGACUUCUGA